AGACAGCAGCAAUGGGAGGCCGUACAGGGACCCAUGACACACUGUGGACCCAGCAGCAGCGUGACGAGGCGGUACGGGGGCCCAUGGCAGACACUGUGGACCCAGCAGCAGCGUGACGAGGCGGUACGGGGGCCCAUGGCAGAUUUGGGGCCUGGCAGCACCUAUGGGAGGCCUGUAAUCUGCCAGCAACCUAUGACAAAAUGGAAACCAGCAGGAGUGUGAGGAGACCUGAAAGUGGCACAUGGCAGAGUGUGGCGAUGGAGACAGCAGCAAUGGGAGGCGGUACAGGGACCCAUGACACACUGUGGACCAGCAGCAGCAGCGUGAC